CCCGGCCGCGGGGGAACGGUUUGACGGGGACACAGGGCCGCGAGGAGGCUGCCGCGAUGCUGCCGUCAUUGCAGGAAUCGCUGGAUGGGGAUGAAAAGGAGCUGGAGAGCAGCGAGGAGUGUGGCUCCGCGGAGGAGCGGAGACUCGAGCCGCCGCCCAGCAGCCACUACUGCCUGUACAGCUUCCGCGGAAGCAGAUUGACACAGAAUCGAGGGGAUAGUGAUGAUGGACGUUCAGGUGGCACAAAUGCAGAAACUCCCUCUGGUGAUGAUUUCAGCCUUUCCUUGAUGGAUACUAAUCUACCAUCAGAAGUGGAGCCAGAGCUGCGCAGUUUCAUUGCUAAGCGUCUCUCCAAGGGAGCAUUCUUUGAAGGGCUGGGUAAUGUUGCAUCUGUAGAGCUGAGAAUUCCAGGUUACCGAGUUGGUUGUUAUUACUGCCUUUUCCAACAGGAAAAACUGCUUCCUGAAAUAGCAGCGAUGGAAACUGAACAGAACCCUUCUGAAUACGUGGUCUGCUUCUUAGGAGGCUCUGAAAAAGGACUAGAGCUUUUCAGGCUUGAAUUGGACAAGUAUAUUCAAGGGCUGAAGAAUAACAUGAAUUGUGAGGAAUUCCUGGGGAAUGAUGUGAAGUCCUAUCUGAGUAGCUGGUAUGAGGAUGUGCUGUGUCCAAUCCAAAGGGUGGUUCUUCUCUUUCAGGAGAAACUGACCUUCCUGCUACACGCUGCUCUAAGUUACACUCCUGUUGAAUUUAAAGAAUUGGAUGAAAAAACAAAGAGAGACAUUAACAGGUUUCUGAGUGUAGCCAGUCUCCAAGGACUUAUUCAUGAAGGCACCAUGACCUCCUUAUGCAUGGCCAUGACAGAGGAACAGCAUAAGUCUGUGAUCAUCGACUGUAGCGGCCCCCAGCCUCAGUUCCACAAUGCAGGAAGCAACCGUUUUUGUGAGGACUGGAUGCAAGCUUUCUUACAUGGUGCUGAAGGUGGCAACCCUUUCCUUUUCAGACAAGUCCUGGAAAACUUUAAGCUGAAGGCAAUACAAGACACAAACAAUUUGAAGAGAUUUAUCCGACAGGCAGAGAUGAAUCAUUACGCUUUGUUUAAAUGUUACAUGUUCCUUAAGAACUGUGGCAGUGGAGAUAUCCUUUUGAAGAUCGUUAAAGUGGAACAUGAAGAGAUGCCCGAGGCCAAAAGUGUGGUGGCUGUCCUCGAAGAAUUCAUGAGAGAAGCGUUGGUCUGAGGCCUGGUGGGUCCUGUUGGUCUGUUUCCAGGAGUGUCUCGAGGCUGCAUGUGAGGGGCUGUAAUUGCCAUUGUUUGGAGGACUGCACUGCUCUUAGAUGACUGGAAACACCCCAGCUUCUUCCUUUUGUGCUUUUUUUGUUUAACUUAAUUAAAUACAACAAUCAGAGGAAUGUUUUCACCAGGUCCAAGGCAGACGCUGUGUUACAGCUGUGGAAUUUUGCUGCCUUACUAGUCUUGUAAAUCCUAAGCCUCAAACACGUGCUGCCUAAAAAGCUCUGGAGAUAAUUUUUGGCUUCUUGGAGUUUACUGUAGUGUUUAGCAGGAUUUCCUCCUCCAAAAGAAACAUAGUCUUUCUCAGUACAACGCAGGUGUUUUUGGAGUAAGAUGUGAUGACAUGUGCCUGUAAUCCCAACCACUCAGGAGGUCGAGGCAGGAGGUUCUGAGCUCCGUGUCCAGCUUGGACUACAUGGCAGGCAGUCAUCAUCGCCCUGGUCUUACUGCCCUGUCACACCGCUUCAGAGACAGCCUGUUCAUCCCGUGAGGGCCUGAUACGUGUUGAUGGCUGCAGGAAUGAUGAGGCCACCUCUUUAAGCAAAUAUACAAAUAAAUUAUGAGUCUGUAAGAACUUAAAAAUUAGCCGGGCAGAGGUGACACAUACCUUUAAUCCCAGCACUUGGGAAGCAGAGGCAGACAGAUUUCUGAUUUGAGGCCAGCCUGGUCUACAGAGUGAGUUCCAGGACAGCCAGGGCCACACAGAGACACCAAAAAAAAAAAAAAAAAACAUCUUAAAAAAUGAGCUUUAUAUCUCGAAGCUUGUAGGAUGGCACCUCAGAAGGUAAAGCAACCUGUUACCCAGUGUGACAACCUAUGUUCAAUCCCUAGGACUCGCAUGGGAGGAGAAAACCAACUCCACAAGUUGCCUCUGACCUAUACACACCUGCAUACACAAUAAAUAAAUACAUGAAGAAACGGGCUGGAACAUGAGGCAGCUCAGCAGUUAAGAGCAUUGUGCUCUUGGAGAGGAGCCGGCACCUACCUGGUGGCUCACUACCAUCUGCAACUUCAAUUUCGGGGGGAUUUGACAGCCUGUUCUGACCUCAGGCAUCAGGCACACAUGUAGUGUACAGACAUACGUGCAGACAAAACAUACACAUAAAAUGUUCUAAAACCAAUAAGAAAGAAAAGAAAGGGGAGGAGAGAGAAUAAAGGGACAUACUAGCUUCAAGAUGAAACAUUCUCACUGAUUAAAAAGCUCUUGUGGAAAUGGCCACAUUAUUUACAGGUAUUUAUUAGCGAGGAGCCUGUAUUUUCUUUCUUAUUUCUAGAUGAAAAUGCUAAAGUUCUUUUUUUUUUUUUUUUGGUUUUUUCAAGACAGGGUUUCUCUGUGUAGCCCUGGCUGUCCUGGAACUCACUUUGUAGACCAGGCUGGCCUUGAACUCAGAAAUCCACCUGCCUCUGUCUCCCAAGUGCUGAGAUUAAAGGCAUCAGCCACCACUGCCCAGUCUAAUGCUGGAGUUCUUAAACAGUAUUAAGAAAAAGGAAAAAAUAAAACCCAGUUAAUAUAGGAAAUACCUUUAGAAGCAAAUAUAACAAUGCACUUGAAGCGAAAUAUGGUGAUUCAUGUCUUUGAAUGUAACCUUCCACAAGACAUAGGCAGUUGGAACUCUGUGAGGUCAGGUCCUAUAUCUGAUUUACUGAAUUACAUAGUAAGUUUCAGGCCAGCCAGAGCUACAUAGUGAGACCCUGUCUCAAUAAAUGAGAAAAUAAACAAUAUUUUUAAAAAAUUUUAAA